AUGAAAGCGGCCCGGAUCCUGGUGCUGGCAGGAGGUGUCGCCUUCAUGGAAGCAGAGCGCAGGACUGCCCGGCAGAUGCUCCGCGAGAAGGUGUGGGCAGUGCGGAGGAAGUGGCAGCUGCUGGGCAGCUACUCACCCGAGAAGACGGAGGAGGUCUUGGCGAGCUUUGAACUGCCCAAAGACUUGGCAGAGCGCUGCGGACUCUCCGAAGGUGGCACGUGGCUGGAUGCGGUCAAAGCCUUGCCCAAGAGCGACCCCUUCGAGCUGUGGCAGAAGGUGGAGCGCCAUCCCAUCGUCGAAUACGUGCACGUGCAGUGCCAGACAUGUGGCCAUCGUGUGCCGGACACCUUCCCAGCUGAGGAGGACCCCAACCUCUCGGAGGAGCCGCCCACAGAGGAGGAGAAGCCCUUUGUGCGGGGUGGGUGGUUCCGGGGGCCCAAGGGCCCGGUGACCUUUGUCUAUCGCUGCCCCUGCGGCGCGAGCUCCCGGUGGUUCCGCGCCACCCACCCGGAGAUCACGCUGAACCCGAACCGCUGGGGGCGCCUGUGCGGGGAGCAGGAGGACCUCAAGGCUUGGCUUGCCAAGUAUCUUGGCGUGCGCCUGCGCGUUUGCCUUCCGCUGGAUUGGGAUCACGUGUGGACGGAGGUCUUCGAUGGCGAAGAGUGGCAGCCAGUGGAUCCCAAUUGCCGGAACUUUGCGCGGCGGCUGAACGAAAACAUCGGCAGCUGGACGCGGGUUUUGGCGCUGGGCACGCCGGGCAGUGGGGAUGUGGUGCAAGCCACUGAGGAGGUGACCGAAGCCUACCUCCGCCAUGCUCAAGGCAGCGACGAGGAGGUGGCCGCCUGGCGGCGCCAGAUCUGGGCCGCGCGGGAGGACGGCGGCGGCUCCAGCACGCAGAGCCGCACGAGGAACGGGCACCUUCUACGCCUCGCGGAACUGGAGGCGUGA